AUGGGGAAGUUUAUUGAGAAUGUUGGAGUGCUUAUUGUAAUUUCGUUGAUGGUGAUGUUGGUAUUGGGGAUAGCAGAAGCACGAAAAAUUGAGAAAGAGACCAUUGCCGGAGGAUAUGGCGGUGGUGCUGGAGGUGGAAAAGGUGGUGGAGGUGGCGAGGGAAGUGGUGGGGGAAUUGGAGGAGGGUCUGGUGGUGGUGGUGGGGGAGAAUACGGAGGUGGCGCCGGAGGGGGAAAAGGUGGAGGAGGUGGCGAGGGAAGUGGUGGUGGAAUUGGAGGAGGGUCUGGUGGUGGUGGUGGUGGUGGGGGAGAAUACGGCGGUGGCACUGGAGGUGGAAAAGGUGGGGAAGGUGGCAAGGGAGGUGGAGGCUCUGGGGGUGGAUACAGCGGUGGGGCUGGAGGUGGGAAAGGUGGUGGGGGCGGUGAGGGAACUGGAGGAGGGUCUAGUGGUGGUGCUGGGGGAGGAUACGGUGGAGGUGGAAAAGGUGGUGGAGGUGGCAAGGGAGGUGGUGGUGGAACUGGAGGAGGGUCUGGUGGUGGUGCUGGGGAAGGAUACGGUGGAGGUGGAAAAGGUGGUGGAGGUGGCAAGGGAGGUGGUGGUGGAACUGGAGGAGGGUCUGGUGUUGGUGCUGGUGGAGGAUACGGUGGUGGCAAGGGAGGUGGUGGGGGAACUGGAGGAGGGUCUGGUGGUGGUGUUGGAGGAGGAUAUGGUGGUGGCUCUGGAAGUGGAAAAGGUGGUGGAGGUGGCAAGGGAGGUGGUGGAGGAUAUGGUGGAGGGGAUGGUGGUGGAUUUUAA